GUGGGCACUGGUGGGUGCAUUGCUGGGCACAGGUGGGGCGCACUGUUGGGCACAGGUGGGUGCAUUGCUGGGCACAGGUGGGCGCACUGUUGGGCACAGGUGGGCGCACUGCUGGGCAUAGGUGGGCGCAUUGCUGGGCACAGGUGGGCGCAUUGCUGGGCACAAGUGGGCGGGAACUUGUGUGUGGCACAGGUGGGCGAUCAUCAAGGCACUGAUGAUCAGUGACCCUGGAUCGGUGCCGAUCCCUGUUCUGACAACUGCCGGUUUUCGGCAGUACUUUCCUCACGAUCUGACAGCGUGAGGAAAGUGCAGCCGAGAACCGGCAUUUGCAU